CUUUACGGUAUUGGGCAAGUUCCUACAGACACGCUGCAUAAGAUGCUCAUCUAAAAAGCGACGCGAUCCUGGGCAUGCAAGACGGCUUUCUGAAAUCAGUACGAUCUACUAGACGUGGCAGGCCCACUAUUACGAACACUAUCACCUGCUAGUCAUUUCGGGCAUGCGAAGUGGCCACGCUCUCACGCUCUGUGCGACGCGGCUGAUACAGUUGUACCCUAGAGAAAUCUUUGAUGAGCCCAUUUUUUUUUCUUUUACAAGGGUACGUCGUGCAAACGGGCCCUCCCACAGGUAUCCUUUCAGAUGCACGAAUGAUUCCCCGUCCUCCGCCUUCACGUCAUCAUCUCACAAAUACCCAACAUCAAGCAGCAACAUGCCAUCUCAGUCCCACUCAUGCUCCUUCCUCCUUCCUCCUAAGUCAUCUCCACGCACAUGGUAUGUACCAACCAGUUGACACCGCCUGCGCAACCUCACCCAGCCGAAGCUGGGCACACACGCAGCCAGCUCUAAUAGGUUCGACCUCCCUCUCCGCACCACCAAAUCUCGGCCUAGCAAUAUACGCCCCCGCCGGCGGUACCCAGGCGUCUGACAGAAUGCCAUUCGGAGGGGCGACGGACGGGGUGCUGGGUGAACUGUCUUGGGGGUGCGCUAGUAGGGAAGGUUUAGACGAAGCGCUAGUCAUGGUCACGUGCCGGGGUAUCGCUGAGCCUAGCAAAAGUGAAAAGUAGUGCGAGAUCUGCGCAAGGGUUAAGGUCUUCAUCGUGCAUGGAAGAUUAGGGUUUCCAAAAAGUAUUGGUUUUCUAAUUUAACAGG